UCACCACGCUUUUUCUCUUUCUCUUUCUCUUUCCCUACACUGUCAGUGUCUUCCUUUUUUCCCCCAUUUCAUAGAGAAAUAGAGAGAGAGGAAGAAGAAGCUCAAGCAGCUAUUCACAACAACAACAACAACAACGACGCCAUCGAUUUCACAGCUCGUAAUUCCUCUCUCACUGAAUCGUUCUACGCUCUCUCUCGCUUCAGAAUCAUUCAUCAUUCAAUUCGCAUUGUUCGUUCGUCCCUUCAAAUCGACGAAACCAGUGUUGCUGUUACGACCAAACCGCCGCAAAAAAGUGCCACACACGCACACACGCACACACUCUUUCUUCUGAGAUGCAUCGAUUGUUGUGUGGUCUGGACCCGAUCGAGGAAUCGCUGGCGUGUUGAUGGAAUCGGCGCCGUCUGUGUUUCAGUGUUCGCCAUUCCAUGGAGUUCAUGGUUCGGUGUAGUUCUUCCAGAUGUUGCAGUAAGCUUCGAUUCGCUGUUUUCGUUUUCCAGAUUGUAUUGAUAUUGGCAUGGCUGGAAGUCAAUGAUGCAAAGCUCCAAGAAGGCUUGGAAGGGAGGGUUGAGAACGUUGCUUCGCACUCUUGCAUACAUGACCAGAUACUUGAACAGAGAAAGCGACCUGGUCGCAAGGUCUAUUCGAUUACCCCGCAAGUUUAUGAGCCUGGUCUUUCGAAACCCCUUCAGCAUCAUGGAAGGGUGUUACUCAGUUUAUCUACAUCAUCGGAGCCUCAAAAGGAUGUAAAGCAACCGAUUAGGAUAUAUCUAAAUUAUGAUGCUGUUGGACACUCCCCUGACAGGGAUUGUCGAAAAGUUGGUGAUAUUGUCAAGCUUGGAGAGCCUCCCGUCACUUCGCUUUCUGGUUUGCCAUCUUGUAAUCCUCUUUCUAAACCUCCAAUCUUUGGUGAUUGUUGGUAUAACUGCACUUCUGAAGAUAUCUCAGGAGAGGACAAAAGGCAACGUCUUCGGAAGGCUUUAGGUCAAACAGCUGACUGGUUUAGGAGAGCAUUGGCUGUGGAGCCUGUCAAGGGGAACUUGCGACUGAGUGGAUAUUCUGCAUGUGGACAAGAUGGCGGCGUGCAGCUUCCUCGUGAAUAUGUUGAAGAGGGAGUCUCUGAUGCAGACUUAGUUCUUUUGGUGACUACAAGACCUACAACUGGGAAUACACUUGCUUGGGCAGUGGCAUGUGAACGGGAUCAAUGGGGUCGUGCUAUAGCGGGACAUGUUAAUGUUGCUCCUCGUCAUUUGACAGCUGAGGCCGAGACUUUACUAUCAGCUACUCUUAUACAUGAGGUUAUGCAUGUUCUCGGUUUUGAUCCUCAUGCCUUUGCUCAUUUUAGAGAUGAAAGAAAAAGACGUCGCAGUAAGGUUACUGAACAAGUUAUGGAUGAAAAGAUUGGGCGGAUGUCAACACGUGUGGUGCUUCCACGUGUUGUCAUGCACUCACGACAUCAUUAUGCGGCAUUCUCAGGAAACUUUACUGGUUUAGAGCUGGAAGAUGGUGGAGGGCGUGGCACAUCAGGGUCUCAUUGGGAAAAAAGGCUUCUCAUGAAUGAGAUCAUGACUGGCUCAGUGGAUACAAGAUCUGUAGUUUCAAAAAUGACUCUAGCUCUCUUAGAAGAUAGCGGAUGGUACAGGGCCAAUUAUAGCAUGGCAGACCGUCUUGAUUGGGGUCGCAACCAGGGUACUGAGUUUAUUACCUCCCCUUGCAAUCUCUGGAAGGGGGCCUAUCAUUGCAACACAACACAAUUUUCAGGUUGUACUUAUAACAGAGAGGCAGAGGGUUACUGCCCAAUUCUAACCUAUAGUGGAGACCUUCCUCAGUGGGCUCGGUAUUUUCCACAGGCUAAUAAAGGUGGACAAUCCUCAUUGGCUGAUUAUUGCACUUAUUUUGUCGCGUACUCAGAUGGAUCAUGUACAGAUACUAACAGUGCACGGGUACCAGAUAGGAUGCUCGGUGAAAUUCGAGGAAGUAACUCUAGGUGUAUGGCCUCAUCAUUAGUGCGUACAGGAUUUGUACGAGGUUCUAUGACCCAAGGAAAUGGUUGUUAUACGCACAGGUGUAUCAACAAUUCUUUAGAGGUUGCUGUGGAUGGUAUCUGGAAAGUCUGUCCUCAAGCUGGUGGACCCAUUCAGUUCCCUGGCUUUAAUGGUGAAUUAAUUUGCCCUGCAUAUCAUGAGCUCUGUAACACAGACACAGCGGUUGUGUCUGGGCAAUGUCCCAGUGGAUGUAAUUUCAAUGGAGAUUGUGUUGAUGGAAGGUGCUCCUGCUUUCUUGGAUUUCAUGGUCAUGAUUGUAGUAGACGUUCCUGCCCCAGCAGUUGCUCUGGCAAUGGCAUGUGUCUCUCCAAUGGAAUGUGUGAAUGUAAAACGGGCUACACUGGCAUUGAUUGUUCAACCGCUAUUUGUGAUGAGCAAUGCAGCCUUCAUGGCGGGGUUUGUGACAAUGGAGUCUGUGAAUUCCGUUGCUCUGACUAUGCGGGAUACACUUGCCAGAACAGCUCCAUGCUCCUCUCCAGUCUUUCAGUUUGCAAAAAUGUUCUAGGAAAUGAUAUUUCUGGGCAGCAUUGUGCACCCAGUGAACCUAGCAUACUGCAGCAGCUAGAAGAAGUGGUUGUCAUGCCCAACUACCACCGAUUGUUCCCCAGUGGUGCUAGGAAAUUAUUUAAUAUAUUUGGCAGUACCUACUGUGAUGAGGCAGCUAAACGGCUUGCUUGCUGGAUCUCAAUCCAGAAGUGUGACAAGGAUGGAGACAACAGGCUCCGAGUAUGUCAUUCUGCAUGUCAGUCUUAUAAUCUAGCAUGUGGAGCUUCACUGGACUGUGGUGACCAAACCCUUUUCAGCAGCAAGGGGGAGGGUGAGGGUCAAUGCACCGGCUUUGGCGAGAUGAAAUUAUCGUGGUUUAAUCGUCUGAGAACUAGUUUUUCUUGGAGAAAUAGUUCCUCAAGAGGAAUAUUUUUAAGACAUAGGCAGCUUUAGCUUAAUUUUCUUUUUCUUAAUUCGGGGUCGGGAGAGGUGGUUGGGAUGUAAUUUUAACAGGGUUAUUGAAGGAAAAAAAUGGUGGCGUGUAACAUUUUAGAUUUAGGGAUUGCUCACUCAUCCAUAAUUGUCUAAAAAAAAUGGGAUGAGGAGGUUACAUAUUUGGCUUUCAAAGAGAGCCUUUUGUAGAGAGAAUUAGGAGUGUUUGGAAAUGGAUAGUAAAUGAGGGGAAGUAAGAAAAAGAGACGAAAAGGAAAGGAAAAAAAAGUGAAGCUGGCAUGUUUAAUGUGAGCUUUGGCCGAAGGCCAUCAAAGAAGAAUUUUUUAAUGCUUCAUUCCUUUUCCAUAUUUGAUCAACCAUUUCCUGUAUAUAUUACUUGAUGUCAUUAUUUUCCUUUAAUUUACUAUUUUUAAUUUGUUGUC